AUGAAUACCAUAAAAGCUCUUGUUCCUUCUAAAGACCUCAGAGUCCUCAUCGACCCUGGCCAGGUGCCGGACCAAGGAACCAUCUACAAGAGCUUGGCCCCCGUAACCGACUCCACUUCUGAAGAAAGACGUCGACUAAAGUACGUUCGACAUAACCCUCCCGUCGGCACCUGGGGUCAAGAUAUCACCAACAUGAAUGACCACCAAAUCGUUGCCCUUGUCCUUCUUGUGCAGCAUCCAUCAACUGACGAGCCUAUAUAG